AUGUUCACCACAUUCACGAACUUCACGUCGACUUUCACAGUUCCGCCAUUUGAUCGGGAGCUCGAUGGAGGGCGUCCGAGGGCACACAGCAAGGCUAUGAGCGAGAUGGAGAAGCCUACCGAGCUUAAUGCCGGUGGUGCGAAGAGCGGCGUAGUCGAUGCUGCCAUCAUUUCCAAGAUCAUUUUUGACCAGCUCGAUGCUAAGAACACCGACGAUACGGACGUCGUGGAUAUCCAUACCCCAUCAGUGUUGCCUGCACAAUCUUUGCAAUUUGUGCAAUAA